GUGUUUCAUGCGCUGCACCGGAAACUAUAAUGCCUUUCUCUCUUCAGCACCAACUCUAGGGUUUUCUUUUUCACUUUCAUCAUCUUCCUUCCGCACACGCAUGGCGACCACUGACACCUCCGCUCCGUCGUCACCACCGCCGGGAAACGAAACCAACGAAGGCGCUGCCAAAUUGACGAAAUCGGUCAACGAGCUCAACGACCUCUCCAUCGCCAUACAAACCUUCAAAAACCGGUACGACGAACUGCAGAAGCACCUCGAAUUCAUCGAACAAGCCAUCGACGCAAGGACGAAGGAGCUCCAAGCGCUACGCUCCAAUGUCGAGAACGGCGUCGUAGAGCAUGACGUUAAAUCAGAUUCAAAUCCGAAUCAACAAGUUAAAGCGGAAGAAGAAGAAAAGGAAAAGGAAAAGGAAGAGGAAAAGGAGAAGGAGAAGGAAGAGGAGAAGGAAGAAGAGGAGCUUGUUUCGCUCUGCAAAACGAUGAACAGCCGCGGCCUGCGGAAACACGUGUUGUCGCAUCUGACCGAAACGACGGCGCUUCGGGAGCAGGUUUCCGCGGCGCUGAAGAGCGCGCCGAAGCCGUCGAGGCUGGUGUUUGAGUGCAUUGGGAGGUUUUUCCUUCAGGGGAGCAAGGCCUACGCGAAGGACUCGCCGAUGAUUCCUGCGAGGCAAGCUUCGGUUCAGGUUUUGGAGUACUACUUGCUCUCUGGCUGCGUCGGCGGCGAGGAGGAUGUGGAGGCUUCGCUGAAGAGAGAAGCGGAGUCGGCGGCGGUUGCGUGGAGGAAGAGGCUCAUUGUUGAGGGUGGUGUGGCGAGAGCCACUAAGGUUGAUGCCAGGGGUUUGGUUCUCUUCGUUGCUGGCUUUGGGAUUCCUGAUGUUUUCAGGGACGAUGAUGUAUUCAACUUGGUUCGGUUGAGCAAUGUUAAGGAAAUCUCCGAUGCACUUUGCAAGUCUAAGCCUUUUCUUAAGAGGGUUUCGGAUAUUGCAGAUGGGAUGAUGAAAAAAGGCAUGGUUGUUAAUGCUGUUGAUUUAGGUUAUACCUUUGGGUUUGAAGAGAAGUUUUCUCCUCAGACAGCUCUAAAUUCAUUUCUACGGAAGUCUGAAGAAACCUGGAAGAAAGCCAAACAAGAUGCACGGAAUUUUCCUAGCAUGCUGAAGGAAGUACAUGAAAAAUAUUUAACUGUUUUGAAAUCUGUUGUCAACUGUUUGGAAAGUCACAAGAUUGACUUUGUUAAACUUAUUCCUGGAUGGCAACUUAAGGAUAAGAUUAGCGACUUGGAGAAAGAUAUUAGUGAUGCCAAUAAAAAAAUUGAAGAGAAGUCAGCGCACAAGAGAAAAAUGGAUAAAAGCAAUUUAUCUAACAAAAUGAAGAUUCCAGAGACUAAACGAUCAAGGUUCGUCGGGAAUGGGAAGGAUGCAUCUAUGUUAUCACCUUCACUCACUGCCCUGCAAGAGCAAAGACUUCUCAGUCAUAUGGAUGGUAAUAGCUCAUAUGAUGGUUCAUUGUCGGCACAUUUGCUGGACGGUAGAUCCUAUGGCUAUCCAAAUAAUUAUCUCACUGCUUCUGCACAAGUUGGAUCUGUUUCAGAUUCUUUGGCUGAAAAAUAUCUUGGAAGUGCAUUGACAAAUGGGACUAAUAUGCUUGGAGGAGCUAUAGGUGGUUCAUAUUCUGGCUAUCAGGGGGGUGUGAUAAGAGACAAUGUUGGGACAGUGUUAAAUAGUAACAGUCAUCUGUAUAGAUGGCAUGGAAUUGGGGAAGGGGCAUUAUCUCAUGAUAGGCCUGUUGGGCAGAGUUAUGUGGGACAAUCUCCAUCAGCACUAGUAAAUAAUUUAUAUGGGAAAACACCCACAGAUAAUUUUUCAGGUGUUCCAGAGCAUCUCUCAAUCGGCGCUUCUAGUCGCACUGGAGGUCCUGAUUUGUAUAGCUUUGCUGAUUCUGUUUUUGAUUCAUAGUCUUUCCAGGUCAGCAGUUCUCCAAAUUACUGUUUUGAUCAGCUGGAAGCAUGGGGCUCCCUACAGAUUUUUUAUCUGCCCAUGAAAAACAAGCUGCAGAAUUGUAUGAUGUUACAUUUUAUUUUCUCAACUUGGAUUUAAUGUUUAUAGGAAUACCUCCUGAAAAAUCACUCAGCUACUGAUCCCGUCUGGUUAAUUUUAUCAAAAAUGAUUAAGUGUUAAACAA